AUGUUCCUAUUGUUUUUGGAGAAGGUGACUGAUUUUAUUUCCCAAUUUGGUUACCCACACGAGACACAUCAUGUGGUAACAGAAGAUGGUUACAUUUUGGAGAUGCACCACAUUCCGAGCACCAGAUCCUUGAAAAAUAGACCUAAAGGAUCCGUUUUUCUGAUGCACGGAUUGAUGUCCAGUUCUGCAGACUGGGUUGUCACUGGCCCAGAAAAAGGACUAGCUUAUAUUUUGGCUGAUGCUGGUUACGACGUCUGGUUAGGCAACGCACGUGGAAACAAAUACUCCAGACAUCACGUGUCCUUAGAUCCUGAUGCUGAAGACGAUCAUGAUUUCUGGAAAUUCAGUUGGCACGAAAUUGGUACCCAGGAUUUACCAGCAAUGAUCGACUACGUGUUAGAAACGACCAAUCAGAGAAGUCUGUCCUAUGUUGGUCAUUCCCAAGGAACAACUUCAUUUUUCGUGAUGACUUCAGAAAGACCUGAAUAUAACCAAAAGAUCAAAUCUAUGCAUGCUCUGGCACCAGUGGCGUACAUUGGACAUUGCUGGAAUCCUUAUGCUUUGGCGGGGAUGCCUCUGAUAAUACCGAUAGAGAACCUGGAUAAGAAAUACGGUCCCCGAGAAAUGUUUCCAGCAAACGACGAUCUGACAAAAAUAAGUAACUUUUUGUGCUCGGACGAAAAUGCUAUAAGAGGUGUUUGUGUAAAGCUAUAUUUAGCAGCUUUUGGGUUCGACCCAUGGAACACACUGAUUCCUGAUAUAAUGAAUAACAUUCCGGCAGGUGCUUCUAGUAGACAGUUUAUACACUAUGCGCAGUUGAUCAGAAAUAAAAGAUUUGCAAAAUACGAUCACGGCGUUUUGGACAACAAAGACUUGUACAAUUCUCUAGUGCCACCAAACUACGAUUUGGCCCAAAUAAGUUGCCCUGUUGCCCUUUAUUAUGGAGACAUGGACAAUCUGGCAACACCACAGGACGUCAAACACUUAUCCAAAGAGUUGCCAAAUGUUUUGGAAGUAUAUCGAGUUCCACACGACCGAUGGAACCAUAUGGAUUUUUUGUGGGCUGUUAAUGUUAAAAAAUUGUUGUAUGACAGAGUUGUUGAAAAUAUCGAAAAAUAUAAUUAA